AAAAAAGGAAAUCGAUGCAGCGAUGAGGUGUGUCAGAGCAAAUAGAUCAGUUUUUAACAUAAACUGAAAUAAUUGAAUCAGUUUCACAAGGAGACUAUUAAAUCCAUAAAUGAUUUUGUGAUUCAGCAAGGAGUAGUUGUACAACGAGUUAUGAAAUAAGAGAUAUAACAAACGGGGACAUAAGAAACAAUUUUAAAACGAUAUUAAUUCUCACGUCAGCCGAACGAAAACAGCUCGAACAUGAUACUUGAAAGGAUUUGCAACCAACGGCAGAGAUUAACCGUUGGUCGUGAAUAUGUUCAAAACGUCGGCCAACAAAAUUUCUACGCGAUGUGUCGGACCAAAAUUUGCAAUCCAGAUUAAAUAGCAUGCUGCAAUCACACGCAGAGCAGAAACAGAUCUUGAGCUAGGACGAUCGACCGAAUAAACGAGAAUAAUAGGAACGGAGCAACGAUGCAAAAUUGUUGCGACGACGGCGAUAACAACGUCGUCUACAAGGAUGUGGUCAUCAUAGGAAACGGGCCUAGUGGAAUAUGUCUUUCUUUUAUGCUCGCUGGAAAUUGGCCUUAUUACACCGGCGAGCCACAUCCCGCGGAUGAAAUGCUCACGGCUAGGUUGCACUCGAGCAUCAGGCCCGGGAGUGACGAAGAGGAAUGUUGCAAUACAAUGAGCCAGCAACAGCAACAGCAACAAUUAGAAAAUGAAACGAGGUGCUAUCGGUGGCACGAGAACGAGACUGUCAGGUCGAGGAAAUGUCAGGGGAGGAGCGAAGGAAGGGGAUUGGCGAGCAGUACGCGUUGCAAAUUGGAAUGCCUCUCUUCCGGACUGGAAGGUAGAAUCGGUGGUCGACCGUUGGCCCUUCUGAUGGAUCAGCUGCAACAUCCUUGUGUUGACGCUGGCCUCGAUGUACCGUCUCUUCUUACCUGGAAAUCGGUCGACCAACAUCCUGAGCACAAAGUGAUCGAUCACAUUGUGCUCGGUAAAGGUCAACCUGGUGGUUCGUGGCAGUCAAUGGAUCCAAACGUGUUGACCAUCAGUUUGAACCGAUGGAUGUCGUUGCCCGAUUUAGAUAUAAGGCAAUGGGAGAUGAUGAUCGAGUCCGAGCAACUUCUAAAAACAACUUCUAUGGAGGAUGAGCCGACUUAUGAGAAACCGAGUGCGUAUAAUAAAACGGCUAGCAGAAUCUCUGUUGGCACGGUGGCUGCCUAUUACAAAGAUUACGUACGCAGAAAGAGAUUGGAGCAGUACUUUCGAUGCGGGACUAUAGUUACUUCGGUGAGACCGAGCUGCGAUACGGACGCGUGUUCUCAACAGCAACAGCAAGGAGAUGGUUACGAAUGGAUAGUCGAUGGUUUCGAGAAACAGACUGGAAAACCGUUUCGUUAUCGAUGUAAACGUGUCGUUCUUGCCACAGGCACGACCGAUCUGUCAAAUCAGUUGGGUGUACCCGGUGAAGAUUUUCAACUCGAUUGGAUAACGCACGAUUUAAAUGAACUGGAAUCGAAAUUGGAUCGUUUGAUUGAUUAUCAGCAACAUGCAAACGAGAUAGAAGAACGAUGGCGGCCAAUCGAUCCGGUACUAGUGAUUGGUUCUGGACUAAGUGCUGCCGAUGCCAUUAUGGCCGCUCGUUUUCGCGGCAUUCCCGUUUUGCAUGUAUUCCGUGACUCGUCCAACGAGUGGAACAAAUCGAACGACGAGAGGAUACGGACUAUCUACGACAAAUUACAAGGUUUACCCAGUUCGAUGUAUCCCGAAUAUCACAAGGUAUACGAGAUGAUGGCCGAUGGUGGUACUAAUUAUCCCCUGUAUAGAGCAUUACCGGGAUACACGUUGCUCGGGUUUACCGCAAAUGGGAUUAAUUUUGUUGAUGCCGCAUUCGAAAGACCGUCAAUGAUUACUCUUGCCGAUCUGGACGGAUGCGUGCACACAUUUCGUGUUUCUGCCGUAGCCAUCCUUAUCGGUUACAAGCCUGAUCUGUCCUAUCUGAAAACUAAUAUCGGGCUUGGUAAAUAUCCCGACAAACCCAUAGACGGUAAAUCGAAUCCUAUCGAAGUGGAUGAUUUUACUUAUGAAGUAACCAAAUCUCCGAGACCCGGACUUUAUGCCUUAGGUCCUUUAGUUGGUGACAAUUUCGUACGUUAUAUACUCGGUGGAGCGUUUGCAAUUUUAGUUCACAUUCUGAAUACUUCGUCUCCUUCUCUCACUUGAGUAGUAUAUUAUCGCAAACUUCUUAAAUCGUGUUCAAUCGAUCCUGAAUCAUGGCGAAAUAGUAAACGAAUUGCGCGCGCUGUUUAUCUUACAUACUUCAUUUAUCCAGAGAUAUUUCCUCAAUCCAAAUGUAU